GCUGGGCAUCCGUGUCUCCGGCCGGGCUGCGCCCCGCGCCCUUUUCGCCGCGAUGAAGCGCCCCUGCGAGGAGACGACCUCGGAGAGCGACCUGGACGAGACCAUCGACGUGGGAAGCGAGAACAAUUACUCGGGGUGAGCGCGCGCUCGGAGCCCGAGGUGUCGGGGAGCUUUGUGUGGGACGGCUCCGUGGGAAUCUCCAGGCUCCUUUCCGCGGCGUCCUCACGAAGAGGGGGAAGUUUUGCCGGAGAAACGUUGAGUGGUGGGCGCUCGGGAACGUGCGUGGAGUGGGGCGAGGGCGGUGGGUUUUCACUCUAGGGGUGCAGCGCAGCGGAUGGGGACGCCUGAAAGUGCGGGAGUUGGCCGGGAUUGUUGCCCGGCUGUCUGCACCCGGCCGGCCGAUAAACAGGUCCCGGCGACGGGCGACGCCCCCGCCACUGAAGCUGCCGAAAUGGGCCAAGAGCAAAGAAAAAUUGGUGUUUUUAAAAGAGACUAAAAAGCUAAGUUGCUUUAUGGAGAAACUGAAGCGACGUGCAGUGUCCCCGCUAAGCAGGGUGCGCGCUCGGGUCGACCAUGUGUGUCUUGGCUGACAGCAGAGUGAGUGACAGAUGCAAAGUUCUAGCUCUGUGAUUAGAUCGAAUUCUCCAACAACAACAUCUCAGAUUAUGGCAAGAAAGAAAAGGAGAGGGAUAAUAGAGAAAAGGCGUCGAGAUCGGAUAAAUAACAGUUUAUCCGAGUUGAGGCGACUGGUGCCAACUGCUUUUGAAAAACAAGGAUCUGCAAAGUUAGAAAAAGCUGAAAUAUUACAAAUGACAGUGGAUCAUUUGAAGAUGCUUCAGGCAACAGGGGGUAAAGGCUACUUCGAUGCACACGCGCUUGCCAUGGACUUCAUGAGCAUCGGGUUCCGGGAGUGCCUGACGGAAGUGGCCCGGUAUCUGAGCUCCGUGGAAGGCCUGGACUCCGCGGACCCCCUGCGGGUGCGGCUGGUCUCCCACCUCAGCACGUGCGCCUCGCAGCGGGAAGCAGCGGCCAUGACCUCCUCCCUGGCCCACCACCACCACCCGCUGCACCCGCACCACUGGGCCGCGGCCUUCCACCAUCUGCCCGCAGCCCUGCUCCAGCCCAACGGACUCCACGCCUCGGAGUCCACGCCCUGCCGCCUCUCCACGACCUCAGACGUGCCUCCUGCCCACGGCUCCGCGCUCCUCACGGCCACGUUUGCCCACGCGGAUUCUGCCCUUCGGAUGCCAUCGACGGGCAGCGUGGCCCCCUGCGUGCCGCCCCUCUCCACCUCGCUCUUGUCCCUCUCGGCCACGGUCCACGCGGCCGCCGCAGCCGCCACCGCGGCGGCGCACAGCUUCCCCCUGUCCUUCGCGGGGGCCUUCCCCAUGCUCCCCCCAAACGCCGCCGCUGCCGCGGUGGCAGCCGCCACAGCCAUCAGCCCGCCCUUGUCCGUAUCAGCCACAUCCAGCCCUCAGCAGACGAGCAGUGGAACUAACAGUAAACCUUACCGACCCUGGGGGACAGAAGUGGGCGCUUUUUGAGUUGUCAUUGAACUUGUUGCCAUGGUAACUGAAAGUCCUGCAUGUCAGCAUCUGCACCGGAAGGCCGCCGUACAGAUGUCUACAGACCCACCAAGGAACAGUGAAGCUAUUUGAGACACACACCUCACAAGUGGAAAUGUGGUAUUAGCGAUCUGUUUUCUUUCUUGUGGUUGGUUAAGGCAGCUUGGUAACUGACGUCAGCAACGUUUGAGAACUUCACACUUGCUUCCAUGUAGAAUUUUCCCGGAAAGUAAAAGGGUGUACCAUCCAGCCUUGCCUCGGUAUAUCCAAAUUGGAGAAGAAAAAGGCCCUGACUGAAUUCUCUUGAAACUAGAUGGGGAAAAAAUAUUCGUGUUUCCUAAGUGCCUGAGCUAGUGAAGUUUUGUUCUGAGCAUGGAACAUUGCACAAGUGACGAGUGUAGAAGUUAGGUUAAGAAGGGAGAGGGACAGAAGUCUUGCGUUAGGCUGCAGACAUACAGUGCCAGGGAAGAGUACUCUGUUGAAACCAACAGGUUUUUAUUGGCCAAAAGGAUUGCUGAAAAUAAUUUUCAAGUUGAAAGACCGAGUUUUAUCUUAGUUUGCUUUCUUUGUACAGACUUGCCAAGUGGUGACAUUCAGCAAUACACUGGUAUAAGCAAUUAUUCCGUCAGUGCUCAGAUUAGCAAGCAUUCUGCCUUGUCUGCAAACCCCGAGGCACCUUUUUCUUUCAUGGCUCAGAAUGUGGUGCUUCUUCUAUAAACCAUACGUUUAUGGAGUACACCCAGGAGCAGUGACCUACUGUGUGCCCACCAGAGGCUAGCUGAUUCAUGCCAACUUGAAAACUCGAGUUUGUAAAAGUUUAGCAUAAUUUAUUCCGUUUCGUUUGGACUAUUUCCACAUAUGUAUCCUCUUCAUUUUGUCCCGAUGACGUGUACUAUCCUUGUCAUCCUUUUGGGAGAAGUAGCAUUUCUGGAGGUGAUGAGACAGGGAGGUAGGUAGAUAGAUAGCAUUUGGAACAGAAAAGCCACGAUUUUUAAAUGCUCUUUGUCAAGCUCAAGAUUGCGUUUGACCCCCAAAUCAAGAUGAAUGUAUGCAAUGGGAUGUACAUAAAUUAGUUUGUCCAUGCCUAGACUAGUGCUACAUAAUGGUGUUUUGGUUUCAUUUUGUUUUGUUUUUUAUUUUGUUUAAUGACAAAAUAAUCUCUUAAUACAUUGAAAUUGAGCACAUGAGAUUUUAUGUUUGAAAGAUAAAGACACAGCAUGUAUUAUUAUUAUGCACUUCAUUUCUCUGCUGUGUGGAGAAAGCAAUAAAGAAGAAUGUUAAACAUUAUGCAACAUUAUACUUUUAAAUAUUUGUUUUAAAAUUACUGUACCUAGUCCUUUUUGCAUUACUUUGUAACCUUUUUCUAUGCAAAAGUCUACAUAUCACUAAUUAAAUGAAGUCCUUUUUGACCAUUUUUAUGUGGAUGAGUUGCUUUGCAGAAUGUAAAGUUGAUAUGAAUUUCAAGCAAGGCCUUCCUUCACUAACAAAUUAAGCCAGGGCUUUUCUUUUGCUCUUUCACAGCUUGCUUGAAAUUAGUUUUUAUCUGAGCUUGUAAAUCUAUUAAGCAUAGGUGGGUAAGACAUUAUUUGGAGGCAGGAAAUGAUCCGUUUCCUUUGUCUUUUAUUCUUAACCACGGUUCUUGGAAAAGUGCAAAUACAAGAACUCUAAAUAAUACUAGUAGUAUGCUGGACGUGGGGUAAUAUGCUAGGCUGUGUCAUACGUUUUAUAACUCAAAAACAUUUGUAGUGUUUUUAAAAAUCACAUGCGUACAUGAAGGGCGUAUAUAUGCCUCUUGAUGAUGAAUCCUCUAUAUCUACCUCACUGCCAAUUUCUUUUGAUGCUGUAGGAAUUAUGCAGAUAUCCCCCCUUCAAUAAAGCCUGAAAGAGACCAUUUCAGAGUUCCCAAAGCUAUUGGGCCAAACAUAUGAAAAAUUAAGAAAGAAUGCUCUUAUUAUGCAUUUCACUUAUGCUCAAAGCUAAAGGAAAAAGUGGGAGGCUUUUAGUUUUAAAAAAUCAAGCGUAUAGUUUAUCUAAUUUCUUCUGUCUGGAAGUGGGUAAAAAAAAAUGAGCAAAAACAGAUCACCAUGUUCCUUCUUUGUGAAGCUCUCUGGUUAUUAAAUUUUCUGUUAGCUCUGAUGGAAUUAGGUAGCAAAUAAGAAAAUGGAUUUAGUAGUAUUUGAAGUUUGCUUUUUAAUCACGAUUUGUGGGCUGCUGGCAUAGAAAUGAUUUUUAUUAUCUAAUAGUUGAUCCUGUGCCUAUUGUAAUGUCAGCAUUUAAAGAAUUCUUUUCCUAUUUUGGAAUGUAAAGUGUUUUAGAGAGCAGGAAUUUUUUUUUUUAAAUUUAGAUUAAAUAUUUUAAGAUAAAUCCCCUUCCUCCUUUCUUCUCUUUCUUUUCCUCUUUGUUUUUUUCAUACAUUUUUUCUUCCCCGUUUCAUAAGGGUUAUUAUUUUUCAGUUUAAUUGAUUGAAAUAUUUGCAAACCAACUUGCCACCUAGUUGCUAAGGGUUAACAGUGUUCCUAAAGAAAAUCAUUAUCAGUAAUUUAUUAAUUGGUUCUUGAUCAGUGUUUCACAUCAUCAGCUUUUAACAUUACAUUUCACUCAUUUCUAUUAACUUUACCCUUGAGUUUUCCAUCUCUGAUCAAAUGUGUUUUUUUAAAGUAUGUUGUUAUUGUUUCUUAGAGAGAGAGGAACAGAGAGAUAAAAACAUCGACGAGAGAGGAACAUCAUUGACUGGCAUGAACAUCAUGGCCCUUACUGGGGAUAGAGCCGCCUCCAGGGCCUGUGCCCUGACCGGGAAUCAAAUGGGAGACCUAUUGGUUUCUUGGUCAACCACUGAGCCACACCGACUGGGUUGAUCAAACGUUUUUUGAAAUUGGUGUUCUACCUUUAGUUGUGGUGAUUUUCGUGUUUGCUACCAAAAUGGAAAAAAACCAACAAACAGGAAAACAAAACAAAACAAAAAACACCACUUUUUAUAUUUCAAGGGGAAAAAGAACAUUUAGGAUUUGAUUUAUUGGUGCUUUUAUUUGUGUAAAAGUCCCAAAAUUAACUCACAGGAUUUUUGGUAGAAAAAAGGGGGGGGGUGGGAAGGGGGAGGAGAGAAAAGCAAAAGGGAACAUUUUUAGAAAAUUGAGUUUUCCCAAUGUUAAAAGCCGUAUGUAUGCCUAACUAGAACAGUUUUGUAUUUCACAUCAGUGCGCCAGGAGAGGUUUAUUGAAUAACUGCUGUGUACCCAGCACUGUGCUGUAUGUAUGUCAGGUUUUGAAUGGUGUGUUGUCCCACAUGACAGUGACAGGUAUGGCUGCCACCCUAGCUUUUACAGGGACCCUCAAAAGAAAGAGGCGACCUAAGAGUGAGGAAAGGGGUUUCUGGAAACUGGCUGGGGAGGCUUUUUCUCUCCUUGGAAUCUUGCUAUGACAAAUAUGGUAUUUCCUAUCAUAUUGGAAGAAAUCUGUGGUACUUUUAAAGCAAUGUUGAAACAUUAAAAAGACCAGCUAUUAACUAGAGGUAUGGCUGUUUGACCUACAAAUAUAUGUGUACCAAAAAUCUUAAUGAAGCCUUUGGAUGAUCUUCCGUAUAUAUUAAACUUAUUUCUUUUACCAAUAAUUAAGUUACCACAAAGUAAGAGCAAAGCCACCUUAGGUAAUAUCAACACAAAGUAAGAUGAUUUUUGAACUCCAUAUUUUCCUAAAUAUGAUUCCAUCACUCUAAAGAUCUUCUAUUGGUUUGGGGUCAGUUUUUAUGGAAAAGAACCACCACAACAUAACUUUACACAUUAAUCAUAAGGUAUCCCAAUUUCCAGAGUGGAAAAAUGAAAAACAAACAAAACACAAGCAUUUUGGAUUUGAGGCAAUAAUAUCACUUAAUAUUAUAUUUGAAUGCAAAUUGAAAAACCCAUGGCUAAGAUAUGAAUAGAUUAAAAUGUUGCUGAUUUAGCUUACUUUAAAUAUAUCAGGAUAGGAUCCUAAUCAAAUCAAAGAAUCUGGGUUGACUUUGUAAACUUAAUAAUCUAAAGAUAGAUGUGUUUUUUAAGCUUUUCAUGUUUUUAUUGCACAAUGGGACUAAUCCUAGUUCUGCGUUUUACUGGAGAAUGGAAUUUGACUUCCCUUGUAAUUGUUUUAAGAUCUAAGCAAUAACAGAGUCUGUGAACAUUUCAGCAACUACAACAAAGCAUUACAGCAAAUAUGACAUCAUAAACGGUGACUAUUGCUCAUAUUCUUUGGAAGGAUAAGUCUUUGAACUCAGUGGGAGAUCCUAAAAAAAAGAAAAGAAAAGAAAAGUCCCUUAGCUUCCACGGACACUUGUAUGAGGCGUCAGAGGCAUAUGAGAAAUGGUUCCCUAGGGACUAGGUGGCACUUUCUCCCUCAUUUCUAACUUCAAAGGAAUAGACAGGAGUGGGGUUGGUCAGAGAAUAGGGCCUCCUCUGUAACUGACAGGACCCACUGUAAGUCACAGGUCCAAAAAGAAAA